CUGGAAUCACUUCCCACAUGCAGUUCUUUGAUCUCAGCUACAAUAGUCUCUGCGGACCGAUUCCUUCUGAUCUCCUUUCUCCUGCUACCUUACAUACUGUUGAUCUGUCUGCUAACUGGCUUCAUGGUCCAAUUCCAAAUAAAUUUUCAAAGAAUCUGUAUCGUUUAAGGCUUGGCCAGAAUUUGCUUAAUGGAAGCAUACCUCCAGAACUCGGACAGCUCUUGAAUCUGACCUAUCUUGAGCUCAACGACAACACGCUGAAGGAGCAGAUUCCAAAUCAAUUGGGCGACUGUAAGAGCUUAACUUUAUUGAAUCUGGCCAAUAACCAGCUCCAAAGUAGCUUGCCCGUAAGCCUUGGCAGACUUAAUCUGCUUGUAAUCAUGAAACUUCAACAAAACAAUCUUACUGGGAACAUUCCUCUGGAGUUCUCGGAUCUGAUAAACUUGACUACUCUUGAUCUGAGCCAUAAUUCUCUUACCGGUUCCAUUCCUCCUGCAAUCUCCAACUUGAGCAAGCUUCAAAUCUUGAAUCUGGAAAACAACAAUCUGAAUGGUUCAAUACCAGCUUCCCUAUCUGAUUUGCAACAAAUAAUCGAGCUGCUGCUAGGAAACAAUGAGCUCAGCGGAGUCAUCCCGAGCAUGCCGACCUGUCUAAGCUCAGCUCUCAACCUCACUGGAAACAAGUUGAGUGGCUCCAUACCUUCUCAACUAGGUGCAAUAUCCCUGCUUGAGAUCCUUGAUCUCUCAAAUAAUUACUUUACAGGCACAGUUCCUGCGUCUUUUUCUGCACUGCAAGGCCUGACAGAAUUGGUGCUGUCGAACAAUCAUCUGCUCUCAGGAUUUCUGCCUCCCUUAAAUCCUAAGACCUUAGUCAGUUUCUCUGGAACUGGGAUACUUAACAGUUACGCUUCAGCUCAAGUCAAUGCAGACAGGAAAAGAAAAUCAAAUACUGUUUUGAUUGUGAUUAUUGUUGUUGUUGGGAUUGUAGCGGGAUUCUUAUUCAUAGCUGCUAUUGUUGGACUGAUCAUUUCGAAUCGAAUCUAUAGGGUUGAGGAUGAAGUUCAUCGA